AUAGUGGCUUUAAUGCUUUAUAUUUGUAAUAAUUAAUGUAAUCCACAUCUCCCGAUUGAGAACCGAGUUCUCAACGUGUCAUCUUCUCCUAAACACACUAUAAAUCUUCCCUUCAACGUUUUACCUUUCCCCAACGUCCACUUUUUCUCUUCAUUCCUCACGUUACACCAAAAAGUCGUCAUUUUCUUUUUCUUCUUCGCUCCAAACCAAACGCCCUGGAAUCUAAAGAAGCCAAAGUUUAGACUUUAACGACAAGAAGAAGAGAAGGGUUGAUAGUACAGGGGAAUAAAAUGAAAGCAGGUUUAGUUGUGGAUGGCGAGUAUAUCUAUGAAGAAGAGAAGCAUCUCACUGUUCUCAAAACUUCUCUUUUUUUCGCCAACGAUGGCUUCACUGUUUACGAUUGCAAAGGUCAGUUAGUCUUCCGAGUCGACUCGUACGGCCCGGGCCCUCGUGAUAAAGGUGAAGUCGUUCUCAUGGAUGCUCACGGAAGAUGUCUACUCACUGUAAGAAGAAAGAGGCCGAGUUUGCAUCACCGGUGGGAGGGCUUUCUAGGCGAAAGAUCAGAGGGUCAGAAACCGAUCUUCAGUUUGAAAAGAUCAUCGAUAAUCGGACGGUGUGGGAUGACGGUAGAAGUGUUCAACAGUCCAGGUGAGGAGUACCAGAUCGAAGGAAACUUCGGACAGCGCAGCUGCACGAUCUUGAAUGCAGGCAAGGAAUUAGUGGCUGAGAUCAAACGCAAAGUAGAUGCUUCCACCAACGUGGUACUCGGUAAGGACGUUUUCUUGCUUUCCUUAAAACCUGGCUUUGAUGGGGCCUUCGCUAUGGGAUUGGUGCUGGUUCUUGAUCAGAUCAACGGUGAUGAUUAUGUUCAAUAUGAUGGGGCUGAGAUUUCCCCUACCGCAGAGGAUUGAUGUGCUGUGAUAUUUUUAUUUUGGCAUAUAAUUGUCCUUUUUUUUUUCCUUAUCUAAUAGGGAUGAGGGAAUCUUUGUUAUUGGCCUUACAAAAAUGAAAUGAGGAAAAAUGCUUGUAUAUGUUUACUCAAGCAAUAAAAUUUGCCCUUGAUCAUGUGAAAAUGAUUGAGAACUUCCUCCAAUGAACACCAAAAAAUUUUUAUCA